UAUUUCCCCAACUCCCAUCACAGUACACAAGCUCGCUCUUUUCUCUCUCUUUCUCUCUUUCUCUGAGAACGCAGAGCUCGAAGAGAAGAAGAGAACUAGGGUUAGCAUUUCGCCAAAUCGAGAAGCUUGAAGUCGGAUCUAAGAGGCUGUGAAACCCUGCCUUAGGAGAUCUGGUUGGCGUUUUUUGAUGUGAGAUUGGCAAUACGGUCAGAUCCGGGAUGGCGGAUCCAUGCGGUAGCGCUGGGGAAGGAAUGGCAGCGGCUUUGACGGCAUCGGGGUCGUUGAAAGGGGAGAUAAAGGCGCUGAGGAGGAGGCCAUCGAUAAAGCCGAGUUUCGAGGCGGAUGAGCUUAUUAAUCUGCUCCAUGGUUCGGAUCCGGUGAAGGUUGAGCUGAAUCGGCUUGAGAAUGAAGUUAGAGACAAAGAUCGGGAGUUGGGGGAGGCGCUUGCGGAGAUUAAGUCGCUGAGAUUGUCGGAGAGAGCCAGAGAAAAGGCUUGUGAGGAGCUUACAGAAGAACUGACCAAACUGGAUGAGAAGCUAAAAUUAACCGAAUCUCUUUUAGAAUGCAAGAAUCUGGAAAUCAAAAAAAUAAAUGAUGAAAAGAAAGCAGCAUUAGCUGCCCAGUUUGCAGCAGAAGCAACACUUAGGAGAGUUCAUGCGGCACAAAAGGAUGAUGACAUGCCUCCUAUUGAAGCCAUUCUUGCACCACUUGAGGCGGAGCUGAAACUAGCACGACAGGAGAUUGCAAAGUUACAAGAUGAUAAUAAGGCUUUGGAUAGGCUUACCAAAUCAAAAGAAGCAGCACUGCUAGAAGCAGAAAGGACUGUUCAAAUUGCAUUAGCGAAGGCUUCAAUGGUGGAUGAUCUGCAGAACAAGAAUCAAGAGUUAAUGAAACAGAUUGAAAUCUGCCAGGAAGAAAACAAAAUCUUGGACAAAAUGCAUCGUCAAAAGGUAGCCGAGGUAGAAAAGCUAAGUCAGACUGUGAGAGAGCUUGAGGAGGCUGUUCUUGCUGGUGGUGCAGCAGCUAAUGCUGUGAGGGACUACCAACGGAAAGUGCAGGAGAUGAAUGAAGAGAGAAAAACACUUGAUAGGGAACUAGCCCGUGCUAAAGUUACGGCAAAUAGAGUUGCUGUCGUGGUUGCAAAUGAAUGGAAAGAUGCUAAUGACAAAGUAAUGCCUGUCAGACAAUGGCUUGAAGAGCGAAGGUUCAUGCAGGGGGAAAUGCAGCAACUUCGAGAUAAGCUUGCUAUAAUGGAAAGAACUGCAAAAUCAGAGGCUCAAUUAAAAGAGAAGUAUCAAUUGCGACUUAAAGUGUUGGAAGAGGGAUUGAGAAUACCCUCGAGUGGUACUAGUCGCACUGUCACAGAGGGGAGGAGCAUGAGCAAUGGCCCUUCACGUCGGCAAUCACUUGGUGGAGCUGAAAACAUAUCCAAAUUACCUCCUAAUGGCUACCUAUCAAAGAGAAAUUCUUUUCAGAUUCGCUCUUCUGUCAGUAGUGGCACCAGUAUGAUUCUGAGACAUGCAAAAGGGACUUCAAAGUCAUUUGAUGGUGGCACUAGGUCACUUGAUCGUGGUAAACUCCUAGCAAAUGGAACAUGCCAUUCACUGAACAAAUCUACUGAUGGGACUGGAGACAGCGAGCCGCAUCUGAGUUGGAAAGAAAAUCUAGAUGAGAAGCCCAAUGGUUUUGGUAAUGUUGAUUCUGAUGAUUCUGUCUCUGGAUUACUAUAUGACAUGUUGCAAAAGGAGGUGAUCACCUUGAGAAAAGCAUGCCAUGAAAAGGAUCAAAGUCUGAAGGACAAGGAUGAUGCAAUUGAGAUGUUAGCAAAGAAAGUAGAUACACUGACCAAAGCAAUGGAGGUAGAGGCAAAAAAAAUGAGAAGGGAAGUAGCUGUGAUGGAAAAGGAGGUAGCUGCCAUGCGUGUGGGAAAAGAACAAGACAACAGGGCUAAGCGCCUUGGCAGUUCCAAGGCUUCAGUUAUUAGUUCUCAAGUAGCUCCUGGAAGGAAUGGGCCACGGACUGGGUUAACGCGCAACCUUCAAUGACUCCUUCAAAUUCGAGGCUGUGUGGAAACUGUUAGUCCUCCCUAAUAUCUUCUCUCACAUUCCCCCAAAACUUCACAUUGACUUUAAUAUCAGAACCGUCGCCAUGGGCCCUGCAACCAUUUAAACAGAGGGUCUGCAUCUAACUUCUCCGUUGCGAUAACAGUAGCAGAAGUGAUGUGAAUGGUGGCUAACCCUAUGGCACCAUGUUUACUUCAGUAUUUUGUUCGUUUAGUUGUAUAGGUUGGUGGGCCUUUCGUCGGAGUUUUAUUUGUAAUUUUCAGUUUGGUGUUUCUUUCUCCAAGGAUGUGAAUAUGAUUUGUAAUUUCAGAUGAGCUCCCUAUCUAUUCAACUUGGGUUUCUGUUUUCUUUAAGCUCAGAAUCAUAUGUUUCUUGGAGAAAGGAUAGUCAAUGAUUUGUGAUCAUUCAUAUUAUUGAUUUUAACUGAUUUAA